AUGUCGGGUCAGAAUUUUGAAAACCUCAAGCGUCCCCAAGUCGAAUCGUCCGCCGAAGGAUCGGCUUUCGAGGCCGAGGGACUCCGAAUAGGUCAAACAAUCCUGGAGAUCGAUGGACGGUCUACAGAAGGGAUGAGCCACGCCCAGAUAGCGCAUUCCAUUUCAAAAAGCUUCGCGAACCCGAUGUCAAACGAAAUGGUGCUAACGGUGACAGACGGUGACAAAGCUACGAUCGACGUGUGCAGUGCGGAAUCGCCAACCGGUGACUGAGGAGAAACUUGAUGCAAGGCGGAAAUGCCGAUGAUUAGUGCUUCGUGUCGAAAACGUCGAUAUCCGGCGUUCGAAAUCUACCUCUUCCUCGAGAGAACUCAUCAUCGCCGGAAAAUACGAUAAUUUACCUACUCCAUUUCCACUGGAACUCUUGAUAAACGACUCACAACAAGAUAAUAACUUUAGAAAGGUCGAAGUCCUCUUCGUUGAAUUUCCAGAUACAACACUCGAUACGGUGACAUGAUGCGGGAAAGAAACUUCAAGAUUCACAAACGCUGAUGUACAAGUGAAUCAUCGGGCGAUUCCAAGUCAACUUAUGAGGCGGUAAAUCCAGGAUCCAAAACGGUUUCGAAUGGAAAGUCGGUCGGAACUGAUCCCGCAACACGUUCCUUAACAGCGUCUUUCAUUCAGGACCGUAACCCGGAUUUAUUUAUUUUCUUCUUUCUGAGAACAAAGGUCAAUCGAAUUGUCUUACAUGCGACUCGCGAGAGAUUUGUGUGUUAAUUCAAAUAUGCCUGGAUCCAGAAACACCGAACGCCGAUCACAUGGUACUCGUACUAAAUCAUGGAGGGCGACAUUUCAUCAGAAAAAACGGAAUCCCCUCGCAGAUCAGAUCAUUAAAUCGACUGAACGAAAUUGUGGCCAUUCUUGAAUAAAACUAACAUGUACUGGAGUCGGAGACCUGAGCGGAACAACACUAAAAAUCUGCGACGGACGUACAUUUGGUUUUCUUUGUCAAAUUUAAAAAUUUUUCUAAAUAGAUUUCUAAAUAGAAUCUAUUUUAGCAAUACUAAGCAGAAAGUUCGAAAUGAACACAAAAUAAAAUCGAACACCGUUCUGCCCGUAAACGUUUUCCGACUAGGCGAAGCAAUACCGAAUGAACUUAGCACAUAACCUGAAUAGCAAUUGAGACGCGUUUGAGUACUGUACUGUAUAUGCAUUGUACCUUCACACAUACAGACGGUUUUUACAGUACUACGUCUAACUUACAUAAUGCGAAAGCAACUUGUACCGAGUGUGCCUCUCAAGCGGGACUAACUAAAAAAAAAAGGAACGGUUUUUUGAGGAUGUCAGUUACUGGCUGUACGAAGCCACGGACUGAGGAAACAAAAAUGAACAGAAAGCAACAAUACCAGAAACCAGGGAAAAAGCCUCGCAUCGCGAGCAGUGAUCAGCAUCCGGAUUCCACCGAGUUGAAUCCGGUUACGCACCGCAAUCGAUAGUUACUCGAAUAUUCAGCAAGUAUUAGCAUGCAGGAGGUUUCGUAAACCGAACGCAGAGAAGAACUUCAUUAGCCGAUACAAACGAGGAGGCAAAAAGGGCCUUUUUGAGUAUAGCUGCUGGUGCUGUACCACUCGAUAUGCGACGGGUUUAUUUUUCAAAGGUUUUCCUUGCGUAAGAUUGUCUUUCAGGAUCGCGAACGUUGUUCCCAUGUUACGCCAAAAAUUUCCGGUGGGAUGGGACGUGUUUUCCUUUUCUUUCCCUCUCAUUUGAACUUGUUGAUGAGUUUGUUGAUAGCUGAAUACUGGUGUUGAUGAGGCGACCAUUAUGUGAAUGAUAAUAUUCUUCAAAUAUUCCUCCGAAUUCGAAAAAGGGGUUUUGAUUUGUUGCAUGGGUCCGGGCAUUUUCCGAAGUCCUCAAGUUAAUUGAAUAUUGAGUGUUUGCUGCGUUUUAGAAGGGAAAUGAAUAUAUCUCUUGAAACGGA